AUUAUUUUUCUUCACAUAACUCUUUAGAGUUAAACACGGGAAAAGAAGUGACAUUAAAUAUGCAUACUCUAUUGGUGGUGUUUCUUUGUGCGGUUUCAACUUCGUAUUGUAUGGUAUGUCUCCCUGAGCAUCCACAAACAUCAUUUUGUCGUUCGGAUUACGUCAUCAGAGGAAAGAUUUUACCAAAAGAUUCGAAAGCACUUCCAACAAAGAAAGAAAAUUCAAGUGCAAGUCCCAUAUCAUCCGAUAGCCUGGGCAUACCUGCUACAAGAACGGUUAAAGUGUACGUGUUAAAAAUAUUCAAAGGUGGUAAAUUACUGAACGCAAGCAAGGGCGAUAUUAUUGAUAUUGACAUCCAGAAUCCGUGGCAGCAUAAACUUUUGGAGUCUGGAAACUACUUACUAACCGGUAAUGUUUAUAACAACCGUGCUUCCAUCAGCAUGUGCAGCUGGUAUGAAAGGUGGCACAAGAUAACAAUCGUACAAAAGUGGGGUUUGAAGAAAUAUUACGCUUUGAACUGUCACUGCCGGACAACUUAUUGCCCUCCUGGUGAAUACUGCGAGCGGAAUGAAUUUGGAUGUAAAUGGAACGUUGCGACGCAAGAAAUAGGACUGUUAAAAACAGACUGCAAGUCACGAAUAAGUCUUUGCAUUUUCUUUCGAGAAUUUAAACGAUGUAGUUGGGUGACGCCCUCAUUGAUCUGCAGAGAACCGUAAAAAUAUAUCUGGAAUAUGAACUAAUAAUGUGUUAUUAUCCAGGAAAGUUAUUUAGAAAGGUUUCGUGUUUGUUAGUUUUUGUCAUUUAUUUUAUUCUGACUAUGAAAGAAAUUAUUUGUUUGUUUA